AUGUCCGGACAGUCUAGUGUUGGUACCAGCGGCGUGUACGAGGCUGGCGAUCAGCGCAACGUGAAGAACUCGGAGAAGGACACCGGUGACCGUUUCCACGAGGGCAAGGAGCACUCCCACCUCGCCAACGACUCCAAGGACGAAAGAACCAUUGCCAACAGGCUCGCUGCCGAGGAGAAAAAGCACCGCGAAGGUGAGGAGGAAGAUGACGCAGAGACUCGCAUGUCUAAGAAGGACUCCACGUUGCCUGCCAAGAUGCACGGCAACGAGCCCUCCAAGGGCGCCAAGAUCGAUCAGGAGCUGCAGGAAGAGGAUGAACUCCGCCUGAAGCAGAAGCAGGGCAAAUAA